UGCCACAAUUAGCCAGCCUAGCUACAAUAUCUUCGAGUGCCAUAAAACCCCAAAGUUUUUGGAGAACUUGAGCUAGCUAGCUAAGCUAGCUCUUAUUUGUGGAAUUUGUAUUUGAUUUUUUUUUUGAUCAGUUUCUCUCAAUGGUUUGCUUUUGUUUUUUGGUGGAUCAAAAGAGGAAGACAAGGAGCACCAAGCCGGUGGCGGGGUCGUGCUCGCGGUGCGGCGGUGGAGCCAGCGUGGCUGACAUGAUGACGUCGACACGGUUUUGUUAUGUUCCAUUUUAUUGGAAAUCUUGGAAGGCUAUUAUAUGUACUUUUUGUGGAGCUAUUCUCAAGUCUUAUAGAUGAGCCUAGAUAUCUAUAUCUAUAUAUAUGAAACUUGACCCUCUUGCUUUUUUGUGUUAUCUGUCCUCUUAAGUAUAUGAGUUUAGGAUUGAACUUAGAUAUCUAUUUUGAUUCCGAUUUGUUGUUUUGUAAUAAGUAUUUAAUGCUUGUCAAGCUCUCUCUUGGUAGCAACUAGCUAAAAUGCCCUUCUUCCAUCCUGGUUUAUUCGUUUUCUUGGUUAUGUAUGAUUCUUUGAAAAAAGAAAUACAAAAGGAGAAGAACAAAAUAACGUCUAAGAUAAUAACUGA